UUCCUCGUAAUCCCGCUAUAGUCAUCACCAGUGGACUCCGAACACGAAGACCUAAAUCCCAAAUCCCACCUGCCCGACCCGACCCGACUACGACGGCCCCUCCGCCAAGGACACGGGAAGUGGGUUGCAGCGGUGAUGGUGGGCUGAGGACACGAGAAGUGGCGGCAAGGGGAGCGGAGCAAGGGGUAAGAUCGGAAGAAGCUCUCUUCCUCACGGAAUCUCGCCGAUAUUGGUGAGAAACGAAAUGGGGGUUUGAAGGGGUUCUGCUCUCUCCCCCUCUCCCACCGUUUCUCACCCUCUUGUCCAUCCAAACGUGCGAGAGAGAGCUCUCUCCCUCAGUUUCGUUUAUUUUCUCUCGAAGUCACUCCAUCCAAACGAAAGCUCGUCUCCUCGUGCGUUAAAUGGAGUCGGGCCACAACGGCUGUUCAAUCCACCUUAGCUACUCGAUCUCAGUGUUUGUGCUGUUCAGUUAGAUUCCACCAUCGGAAUCGCACAAUCAAGCCCUUUCGAUCGUGAGUUAUUGGGCGAAUUAAUCAUUACAAAUGUCAAGGUCUGGGCAGAAUUUGUCAGCACAAAAUGCUUUGUCAUCAUCACCCAGGUCAAGGGAAUGGGAAGGACCUGGACGGUGGACGGAGUAUUUGGGUCCAGAAAUGACCUCUCCACUGACAUCUAGGAGACCUAAGAAUGCUGGGUCUGAAGGGGCAGUUCAGAGUUCUGGUGGGUCCCACAAGGCAUUGAACAUGCAGUGGCUGUAUCAGCUUACUGCAGUUGCUGAAGGGCUUAUGGCCAAAAUGUAUAGACUAAAUCAAAUUCUGGACUAUCCAGAUUCUGUUGGUAAUGUGUUUUCUGAGGCAUUUUGGAAGGCAGGUUUGUUCCCCAACCAUCCAAAGAUUUGUGUCCUGCUCUCAAAGAAGUUCCCGGAGCACCACAGCAAAUUACAGCUUGAACGUGUGGACAAGGUUGCGUUGGAUGCUUUGAAUGACAGCGCAGAAGUUCAUUUCCAAAGCUUGGAACCAUGGGUCCAGCUGCUUCUUGACUUGAUGGCAUUUCGGGAACAAGCUUUGCGGCUCAUAUUGGAUCUUAGCAGUACAGUAAUUACCUUGUUGCCCCAUCAGAACUCUCUUAUACUCCAUGCAUUUAUGGACCUUUUUUGUGCCUUUGUCCGUGUCAAUCUUUUUGCGGAGAAGUUACCAAGAAAAAUGAUGCUGCAAAUGUACAACCUUUUGCAUGCCAUAUUGCGUAACGAUCGAGAUUGUGAUUUUUAUCACCGGCUGGUUCAGUUCAUUGACUCUUAUGAUCCACCAUUGAAAGGAUUACAGGAAGACUUGAAUUUUGUCAGCCCUCGUAUUGGAGAGGUUUUAGAGGCAGUGGGACCUGUAAUAUUUCUCUCUACAGAUACAAGGAAGCUAAGAAAUGAGGGUUUUCUAAGUCCUUUUCAUCCUCGAUACCCCGAAAUACUGACAAAUUCAGCGCACCCAAUGAGAGCGCAAGACUUGGCAAAUGUUACUUCUUAUAGGGAGUGGGUAUUGUUUGGGUAUCUUGUUUGUCCAGAUGAGCUUCUUAGAGUCACCAGCAUCGACAUUGCUUUGGUUGUACUGAAGGAAAAUUUAGUUCUUCCAUUGUUCAGGGAUGAGUUUAUGCUAUUGCAUGAGGAUUAUCAGUUUUAUGUGUUGCCACGGAUACUGGAGUCAAAAAAGAUGGCGAAAUCUGGACGUACAAAGCAAAAAGAAGCGGAUCUGGAGUAUAGUGUCGCAAAGCAGGUUGAGAAAAUGAUAAGUGAAGUCCAUGAUCAAGCAGUACUGUCUUGUGAUGGCAUACACCGGGAAAGGAGAAUAUUAAUAAAGCAAGAGAUUGGAAGAAUGGUGCUUUUUUUUACGGAUCAGCCGAGUUUGUUGGCUCCUAAUAUUCAGAUGGUAUUCUCUGCCUUGGCAUUAGCUCAAUGUGAGGUUAUGUGGUAUUUCCAACAUGUGGGAAUUGCAUCAUCAAAAUCUAAAGCUGCUCGAAUGGUGCCAGUACACAUAGAUCCAAGUGAUCCAACUAUUGGAUUUCUACUGGAUGGAAUGGACCAUCUUUGCUGUCUGGUGCGCAAAUAUAUUGCAGCAAUUAGAGGCUAUGCACUAUCUUAUCUAUCAUCCUGUGCUGGUAGAAUCAGAUUUCUGUUGGGAACUCCAGGAAUGGUGGCUCUUGACUUGGAUGCGACCUUGAAAAGACUUUUCCAGCAGAUUGUUCAACAUCUUGAAAACAUACCAAAACCUCAGGGUGAUACUAUUUCUGCUAUCACAUGCGAUCUAUCCGAGUUGCGUAAGGAUUGGUUGUCAAUGUUGAUGAUUGUAACUUCAGCUCGGUCCUCCAUAAACAUCAGACAUUUGGAGAAAGCUACAGUGUCUACUGGAAAAGAGGGCCUAUUGUCGGAAGGAAAUGCUGCAUACAAUUGGUCCAGAUGUGUUGAUGAACUGGAAUCUCAGCUAUCAAAACAUGGUAGUCUGAAAAAGCUUUAUUUCUACCACCAGCAUCUUACCACUGUUUUCAGGAACACCAUGUUUGGACCUGAAGGGCGUCCUCAACAUUGCUGUGCAUGGCUUGGUGUUGCUAGUAGUUUUCCCGAAUGUGCUUCUGCGAUUGUUCCAGAAGAGGUUACUAAAAUUGGUCGAGAUGCUGUCCUGUAUGUUGAGUCCCUUAUUGAAUCGAUCAUGGGAGGACUGGAAGGAUUAAUCAAUAUUCUUGACUCCGAAGGAGGUUUUGGUUCUCUGGAGAUGCAGCUUCUUCCGGAGCAGGCAGCUACUCUCAUGAAUCUGACAUCAAGAGUUUCAAUCCCAUCAGGAAAAUCACCGAAAGUCGUAUCUGGUUUUCAUUUCCCAGGCUAUGAGAGCUAUCCCGAAAACAAUGGUUCUAUAAAAAUGUUAGAGGCCGCAAUGCAAAGGUUGACAAACCUUUGCUCAGUUUUAAACGAUAUGGAGCCUAUAUGUGUUCUAAACCAUGUCUUUGUUCUCAGGGAGUACAUGAGAGAAUGUAUCCUCGGGAACUUCAAGAGGAAACUGCUUGCAGUACUGAAACUUGAGAACGAUCUCCAACGGCCUUCUGUUCUGGAGUCACUGAUUCGUAGGCAUAUUAGCAUAGUCCAUCUUGCGGAGCAACAUAUUAGUAUGGACCUGACACAGGGUAUCCGUGAAAUUUUACUCACAGAAGCCUUCUCUGGUCCAGUUUCUUCUCUGCAUUUGUUUGAUAAACCCUUGGAGCAGCACACUGGAUCGGCUGUUGACGCUGUUUGCAACUGGUAUGUUGAAAACAUUGUCAAAGACCUAUCUGGUGCUGGAAUCCAGUUUGCACCACUAUAUAGGUGUUUUAAGAGCACAAGGCAUGUUGGGGCUAAUUUUGCGGAGUCAGUGACGGAUGUCAGAGAAUUGCAAGCCUUUGUUCGUAUGUUCGGUGGCUAUGGAGUUGACAGGUUGGACAGAAUGAUGAAAGAACGCACAGCUGCACUGCUAAAUUGUAUCGACAGCUCCUUGCGCGCAAACAGAGAUGUGAUAGAGGCAGUUGCUGGAAGCAUGCAUUGUGGUGACAGGAUAGAAGCAGAGGCAUAUAUGAAGCAAAUUAUUGAUGUGGAAACAGUGGUAGGGUUUUGUGUUCAGGCGGGACAAGCCAUGGCUUUUGAUUGCCUUUUAGCCGAAGCUGCUGGAGCAGUGCUUGAAGAAGGUGCACCUCUAAUACACUCUUUGCUAUCUGGGGUUGUUGACAAUUUACCUGAUGAAAUACCAGAGAAGAAAGAAAUUAGGAGGCUAAGACGGGUGGCAAAUGGUGUUGGCGUAAUCAAUGACCAUGAUACUGAGUGGAUAAAAUCCAUUUUGGAAGAGGUUGGAGGUGCAAAUGAUGGUUCAUGGACCUUAUUGCCUUAUUUCUUUUCUGCCUUUAUGACAUCUAGUAUUUGGAACACUACUGCUUUCAAUGUUGACACGGGAGGCUUCAACAACAACAUCCACUGUCUGGCAAGGUGCAUUUGUGCUGUGAUUGCGGGAAGUGAGUUUGUUAGAUUGGAAAAGGAACAUCAGCAGAGACAGCCUUUUCCAAAUGGCCAUGCUAGUGAAAUGUUGGAUCCUGAGAUACAGAACCAUUUGUCAGCUGAAACAAGCGUGAAAUCCACAAUGCAGCUCUUUGUUAAGUUCUCUGCGGGGAUCAUACUGGAUUCUUGGACUGAACUAGACAGAUCUCAUUUGGUGGAGAAGCUUAUCUUCCUUGACCAACUGUGCGAAAUCUCCCCAUACCUUCCCAGAAGUUCGCUGGAAGUCCACAUUCCCUAUGCCAUCCUUCGUUCAAUAUACAGCCAAUACUAUUCCAGUUCUCCGGCCACGACACUCUCUUUACUCACUAUAUCACCACGCCAUUCACCUGCUGCAUCUCUAUCACAUUCCUCUCCUGUAACCAGGCAGCCUUUUGGAAACUCAACUCCUCAGCCUAGUCUUAAAGAUUCAGGUUAUUUCAAACCCUCAUCAACCCAUAGUCGUGAUCAAAUACAUGAGACGGACAGUGGAAGCAUACGAAGUGUGCAACAAAAGCAUCAUCGGAAUGUUAGGCGAUCUGGGCCCUUGGAUUUUGGAUCAAGCCAACAAGAAAAGUUUGUGGAAGGAUCAACAUCGAGGAGCACAGGGCCCAGUCCAUUGCCAAGGUUUGCAGUCUCAAGGUCUGGUCCUCUAUUGUAUAAUAAGUAAUCGUAAACAGUACGAAAAUAGGAGUUAUUCAUAUUUGCAUAAUUAGCUAAUUUUUUUUAGAUUCAUGUAAUUAUCACUGUGAUGGUUUAGUUUUUUAGAUUCAUGUAAUUAUCACUGUGAUGGUUUAGUAUAAAUUUUGGUGACAUUCAUAUACAAACGCAUUUUGCAGCACGCUCCUUGUAACUUUUCUUUACGAGCAUUUGAUUUGAGAUCGA